GUUCGUACAAAGGAAGAUCGAAAAAAAUCACCCGUUCAGGAAGAAGCUAGACUUAUAGUCGGAAGAGAACGAAGUAGAUCGGACGGCAGAGGCAGCAGUUCAGCUGCGGAAAGUGUAAGGCCAAAAAUUAUGGUGUCAUCUCAGAGCGAUGAAAGUAAGCAGUCUGCUAGUGGUGGAGGAAAAACAGUGUUUCGUUCAGAAACAAAGGGGAAGAUAUCUGUCAACAAAAACUGCAAACGUCAUCGUUCUCGGGAUGAAGCUUCUUGUAGUCACUCGCUUACUGCAAUGCGACGAUGGAAUCAAGCAGGUAAUCUGGAGGCGAAGAGUAAAAUGCUAUAGGGAAGCACAUAUAUGUGAUAUUUCUAAAAAGGUUUUUUCAAUAACAAGCACAUGAAUAUUUUGGUGUCGCGAUCGUGACAACCCGUAUGCAAUGAGUUUAUAAAUGUAUAGUAUGCAAUUAUUCUAUUCUAUGAUUGGACGUGGCUAUUCCGAAACAAAUGAAUCAUUAGGCAUCCCAGAAC